UGGAUUGAAGGCGUUCAUAAGGAAACAUUCAACAGUCUGUGGUAGGUUUAGUACAAAAAGCCGCUACAAAGCGAGACUGCAGUACAUUGUCCUUUAUACGAACGAGGAAUCCUACGACCAUAUCUGUAAAUUUGAACUUUGGUUACAAGCCUUGUGUAUUAUAAUAUAAGCGAUAGCCACACUGAGCCUCAGUAUCAGAAAGAAAUCAAGACAAUACACAGCAGUUAGUCAAGAAAUGGUGUWUUUGAAUGAUUCWACAACAGAAACUAAAGCCAACGCCCAAGAAGAAAGCUGGAUAUUAGCGUUUAUAUUCAUAUCCCAUGGRAUAAUAAGUGUUCUCGGGAUAUUAGGUAAUGUACUGGUACUUAAGGCUAUAGUAAGCAACAGAAGACGUAAAGUCAGUGACUACYUAAUMGUGAAUCUWUGUGGAACUGAUYUGGGUGCAUGUACAGUAAGCAUUCCAUUGGAUUUAGUGGAGCGCGCUUGGAAGUCUUUUCCAUUUGGGUCAUUUCUCUGUAAGAUAGUGUAUCCUUUCCAAACGAUCUUAAUGGCUUCCUCRGUSAUGACACUAUUGGCAAUGAGCUAUGAACGUUAUCGUAUGAUUGUUACGCCAUUUAAGCAGCAUAUAAGGCCUAGAACUGCUAUAUGUACUAUAAUAGUGGCAUGGCUGAUAUCUAUWUUAUUGGUAGUACCCUAUAUGCUUGUGUUGCAACUCGAAGGAAACCAAUGUCUAGAGAACUGGYCGCUUGAUAUCCACCGAAAGGCCUUCACUUUAAGUAUAUUUAUACUCCUUUACGCCAUUCCUAUGUUUCUAAUCACUGUUUCAUAUACACGCAUUGUAAGAAACCUGUACCAGGACUCCAAAAGACAAGUUAUAGAAUGCUACUCCAUCAGCAGUGACCGAAGCGAAAGACGAAUCGCAAUGAUGAUAGCAAGAGUUCAGCGUAAUAUGCGAGUUGUGAAAGUAUUYAUGGUCGCSGGGAUAGUAUUUGCGGUGUGUAUGCUCCCAACCCAUAUAUGUUGGCUAUGGCAUGAYUACGGAAGCGGAUCAACCAAUGUACACUUUACUAAAAUAGUGACAUUCACAAACGUUUUAAUGUACUUGAACAGCGCUAUUGAUCCAUUUAUCUUCGGUUCGUUGAAACURCAGAGACUGUUUUUUGAUGUUAUUUGCUGCCGCAUUUGUAGGGAUCCAGAGAGAGAGUUUUUUACUCUUCGAACCGCGAAUAAAACAAUGGAAGAAAGUGCGACAGAUAACGAAACGGAUCGGAAAAUCUCGCAGUCUAGUAAUCGAUAACCCAUCGGAGGUGUCUCGACGUAUUAUACAUUAGCUGAUGCACUGCAAGRGCUCCAGAGAGGGUCUUAGUU